AUGAUGGUCAUCCAGGGUCCGACUUAUUUAUCAGUCUCGACAGUUGUAUUGACCUCUCAGUAUAUCAGAAGACAGAUGUUAAUAAACAUGUAUCGUUUACUUAUCUCAUUAGUUCUCCUACAACUAGUGACGAGUAACAAAUGGUGUGAACAGCAUCCAAACAUCUGCACCCACAAACAUCACGAUUACCACAAAUCACACGAGAAAUAUAGACAGUUCCACGAACUGUCAUGGGACGUCGUCAGAUUAUCCAGGAAAGUGCAGAGAGCGUGCGAAGGAGACGUCAACACUUCCGAAAGCUACGAAAUGGAUAACUAUAGAUUCACUGUAUCUUUUUCUAAUGUCACUUCUGAAGAUAUUACCGUGAAAGCGAAACAUAGAGUACUCUUCAUUGAAACUAAAGUAAACAAAGGAGGUAUUGAAACAUCUGCUUCGGUGUUGAAGAUUCUGCCUGAUUUCCUGAACAUUCACGAAGGAUUAUGGACUUUUACAAAUGGCGAAUUAGAUAUCAGUAUACCCCAUAACAUCACUCUUGGUGUGGAAGUUACGAAGAGCUGCCAAACGAAUAUUGAUGAAUCAGUUAUUACAUUGCCCAAACAGAAUAUUGACUUAAGAUUUAAGAAAGACACUGAGACAACGGUUUGA